GCUCAGAUGGCAGUUCAUAGCAGCUCCUGCUCCUUCUCAACUCUCAUGGUGUGGAAACUCAGAAGAUGCUUGGUUUUCUCAACACUGAGAUCAUGGUUCUUAUCAUGAGUGUAAGGAGAGGAUGAAUGAGUGUGAUCUGCUAGGCCAGAGAGUAUAGCCUUGCUAUGUUCUCCUGUGGUUCCUUUAUCAUCUGAUUAAACCUACAAUCAACCGAGGCCAUUGGAUGAAGUUAAAAUGGCCUCUCACAAGCAAAGCUUUCAAUGCUUUGACGCCAUCACGGACGACCCAUCUCUCAAGCCGCCUUUACCUCAUGGGCACUACUCCUCAGCAUCCUUCAGAGGCUCAUCCGGCUCGACUAGACUGGAGCCGCUGGAAGAUCAUGGAUGCUAUCUGUGUGCUGAUCACCAGCAAGCCAAAGCGUUGGCCUCAGAGGCCUCAGGAGCUUACUCAAACCCAUGGUAUCAUUUCCAGACGCAUCCACAUUCUCAGCAGUAUACAAUCAGGAGGCCCACUCGAACUGAGGAAGCUCCAGGACAGGUUGACGAUCACCACCUCCACCAUCACCAUCAUCACAGGCACUCCAGGAAAAUUGUGCUUGUGAAAAACAGUGAUCCUUCUGUCCGGAGGACCAUCAUCCUGCAUCGCAGGAGCCUGCGCAGUCUGGCGCUCUUCAUGGACGAAGUUUCUGAACUCAUGCAAUGUCUCAUCAGGAAGCUCUACACACUGGAAGGCCACAAGAUUGACAGCGUGCAAAGUCUGCUGCAGUGCCCGAGCAUUUUGGUUUGUGUGGGACGUGAGCCUUUCCACCCACUCCUGUUGGACAGCUUCAGGAAGAACUCUUACGACAAACUUCCAAGGCUGAACACAAAGUCACGCUCUAGUGUCUGCAGUGAUGAAAAGGGGGUCAAGAAAAAUGUCAACUUUGGACUUGAAACAAAGAGAAGCGCCAUUAAUCCAAUGUGUGAUUCAAGCAACAGAUCAGCAAGACUGUCCACCUCAUCUGAAAAGUUGUUUCCCAGUGGACUUAACUCAUUACCACCAGGGCACAGAGGUGCUUGUCCUCAUCCGGGAGAAAAUACGAUGGAUGAUGACAUUGAAAAGCGAGUUCUAGUCAACAAAGACGGAAGCCUGUCAAUGGAGAUGAAAGUGCGCUUUCGACUAUUACACAAUGAGACACUGCACUGGUCCACAGAGGUUAAGAAGUCAAAGAGCAGUUUUAAUGAAGCCCAUAUUGUACCUGAUGAUGCUUGUUCUCUCUCGCAUGGCAGUGCAGAGAGCUGCUCUGAAGCCGAUUCUCUCUCUGCUGGCGAAGCAGAUGAGACAUACAGCACCAAACAUUACCAGAAACACUUUGAGGAGCCACAUUGCCAGCAUUGCUGCAGUCAGUGUCAGGAGUAUGAUAUCUGGAAGAAUCCUGUACCUCCUGAUCAAGGAUCUGUAAGACGCAUCAGAUCUUCAAGCUCAAGUGCGUCCUCACGGAGAAUAGUUUGCAAAAAGGCAUCUACCGACAGCAUGCGCACAAUGUCCAGUGAGGAGUACACGGAGCAUGUGGUGGAAAAGGCAACUUGCAUUCAACAGACCUUUGGGCAGCAGGGCGACACCACGAUUGAAAAAUGUACCAUCAACCAUUGCCACAGUCGAAGUGAAGUGCGCUCAGUGUCUCCUAAAACAAAGAGCACAAGUGCUGUAGAAGACAAGUUUGAGAACACUCACGUAUCUGAAAAUGACAGACCUGAUGUCAUAUCCUCAAACCUGCCUAAAGAUCAAUUAAGUGUUCAGAUCACUCAGCCAGUGGAGGAAGAGGAGAGGCCUGUAUCUGUCGUGAGCGCUUCUUCUCAAAUUUUAGCAUCACUGAAGGAGGAUCAAGAUGAUGAAGAUGUCGACCUUCCUGUGAGCAUCUCCAGAACAUCCCAGGAAGAUGAGGAGAGCAAAGAUGCAGAACCAAACGCUUGUUCUACUACACCCUGUAAGUCUCCUGCAUCUCUGGCACAUUUGUCACCAAGACCACCAAGCAAAACUUCGCCUUUAGGACGGUCUAAAAGAUCCAAAAAGUUGGUCAGUCCAGAAGUAGAUGAUGAAGAGGGCAGGUCUGAAGCAUCUGCUUCACCCAAAGCUUUGUCUGAACCCAAAGUGUGUAAAUGUGUGGUUACAAAAGACACAGCGAUUCCAGGGGCUUCUGAAUCAAAUGAGAAACUAGAAGACAUUCAACUCCAGACUGAUGUGGAAGAUGAAAAAGAAGAAAGGGCACUAAGUGCAAUGUCAGCCAAAUCGAAAACUUCUGUGAAGUCGUUGUCUGAGUUAUCAGCCUCUAAUGAGAGUGAAAAUGCUGAUGAGUGUACUGGAGUAAAUGGCGAAAUGAUAGAGGAGCGCUCCUCGAGUGCUAUUUCCAUAAAAUCCAAUAUCUCUGGAAAAUCAAAUGUUUCAGAGGUACUUGAAAAGGAUGGAAGAGCACCCAGUGCCAUGUCAAUAAAGUCUCAGAAAUCUGACAAAUCAAGAAAAAAUGAAAUCGCAGACAAUGUGUCUGAGGAACAAAUCUCUGAAGUAAGAACAUCAAGUGCCAUGUCUGUUAAAUCAAAUACAUCUUUGAGGUCAAAAACAUCAGAUAAUGGCUUUGAUGAGCUUGCCACAUUACAAGACAAUGUUGAGGAAAGAGCCGAAAGUGCUGUGUCGUCUAAGUCAAAUAUUUCCGCUACAUCUAGUCGGUCCAAAGAGCCACAGUCUAUACCCAAUGAGGCAUCAGAGGAGAAAAUAGAAGAGAAAGCUUCAAGUGUUAAAUCUGGAACAUCAAACAAAUCUGGAAUCAAAGAGGUGGCAAAUGAUGAUCACAUAUUGGAGAGGGCUCCCAGCUCCAUUUCAAUGAAGUCAAAUAUUUCUGCAAGAUCUAAAAUGUCAAUUGAGCUGAGCGAGCUUGAAGAUCAAGACCGAGCCCCCAGCAGCAUUUCUGUGAUAUCAAAUGUCUCACAUAAAUCAAAGUCUGACAUUUCAGAAGCAGCAUCUUUCCAUGAAGGAGAUGAAUCUGCAAAUUCAGUGAAGUUAAACACAUCUGAAGCUGACGAAGAUCCUCAAGUGGAGCUAGCAGGGGAGAGAUCGCCAAGCUCUGUGUCAUCAAAAUCAAAUAUCUCUACAAGAUCCAGAACAUCCAGAAGUGUUGAGGCAGACCAAGAUGAAGUACAGGAAAAAGAGGAUGUUCAGGAAAGAGCAUCAAGUGCUAUUUCAGUAAAGUCUGCUACAUCUGCACGGUCAAGGAAAUCAGAAACAACACCAAAAUUAGGAGAAGAAAUGAAGGAACGAGCUUCUAGUGUUAUGUCAACCAAAUCAAAUGCUUCCUUAAAAUCAAAUAAGUCCAAGAUGGAGGAGGAGGAAAUAGCAAACAGAGCUUCCAGUGCUUUGUCUGCUAAAUCUGAAGUUUCCACAUCGUCAAGAAAAUCUAAUCAAACUGAUGUAGAGCAAAUGGAGGGAAGACCAUCAAGUCCAAUAUCAGCUAAAUCAAAGGUUUCUGUAAGAUCUAAAGGGUCCAAAAUGUCAGAGGUGCCAGGAGAUGAUGAUCAAUCAUCCGUAGCAGCAUCUCAUACCUCUGAAACAUUAAAUGAAUGCAGCACAACACCUGGAGAAACCUGCAAAAGCACACAGAAAACACCGGACAAAGAGGAAAGAGCAUCAAGUGCAUUGUCAACAAAAUCCAAUAACUCUGCUAAAUCCAAGAAGUCCAAAAUAUCUGAUAUGGCUGAUGAUAUUGUGUCUGACGAUUUGCGAUCUGCAAGUGCAAUGUCCUCUAAAUCUAAUGUAUCUGCAAAAUCUGUGAAAUCAGGGGUCUCAGAAUUGGUCACAGAAGGGCCUGUAGAAGCACUGGACCAAACAGAAGAACAGGCUCAGAGAGCAUUAUCAUCACAAUCCAAUCAUUCAGGAGUACGCAUAAGUGAUGGAGUAGAAGUUGCAGAGGAACGGGCACUGAGUGCUAUGUCAUCUAAAUCCAAUGCUUCUCAAAGAUCAAAAAAGUCCAAUAAUUUAAAAGUGCCAACUGCUUUGCCUCAAGCAGCAAAUCACCAGACUGAGGAACAAGCUCAUAGUGCAUUGCCAGCUAGAUCAAGCAUUUCAAAAAGAUCCAGUGAGGCCAAAAUUUCAGAUGUUUUAACUGAUGAGUUUGUUGAUGUGAAAGACCAAGAAGAAGAGAGAGCUUCAAGUGUUUUGUCUGCAAAAUCAAGCAUUUCUGCAAAGUCAAAAAAGUCAAAGGCUUCUGCAACAGAUGUCAAAGCUGAUGACAAAGAAAAUGCAGAAAGAGUACCAAGUGCUAUGUCAGGAAGGUCUGAUAUUUCUACCAAAACCAGUCUCUCUGCAAAAUCCAAAGUAUCAAACGUUUCAGAAGUACCACCAGAAGAGCUUGAUAAUGAAGAAAGUGAAGUAAAAGCACUGAGCAUUCCUAAAUCCAGUAUUUCAGUAAGAUCCAAUAAGUCAAAGCAUUCAGAACUUGGUGUUGAAGAAGAGCUUCAGAACAUAGAGAGACCUCCAAGUGCAAUUUCAGUAAUAUCUGAUGGUACACCUGAGGAAAAUGAAAACACAAAUGACAGUGAAUUUCAAGAAAGGGCUCCAAGUGGUGUGUCUGCAAAAUCAAGCAUUUCUGCAAAGUCAAAAAAGUCAAAGGCUUCUGCAACAGACGUCAAAGCUGAUGACAAAGAAAAUGGAGACAGAGUACCAAGUGCUAUGUCAGGGAGAUCUGAUAUUUCUACAAAAACCAGUGUCUCUGCAAAAUCCAAAGCAUCAAAAGUUUCAGAAUUACCAACAGAAGACCAUGAUGAUGAAGAAAGUGAAGUAAAAGCACCAAGUAUUACUAAAUCCAGUAUUUCAGUAAGAUCCAAUAAGUCAAAGCAUUCAGAACUUGGUGCUGAAGAAGAGGUUCAGAACAUACAGAGACCUCCAAGUGCAAUUUCAGUAAUAUCUGAUGGUACACCUGAGGAAAAUGAAAACACAAAUGACAGUGAAAUUCAAGAAAGGGCUCCAAGUGUUUUGUCUUCAAAAUCAAGCAUUUCUGCAAAGUCAAAAAAGUCAAAGGCUUCUGCAACAGACAUCAAAGCUGAUGACAAAGAAAAUGGAGACAGAGUACCAAGUGCUAUGUCAGGAAGAUCUGAUAUUUCUACAAAAACCAGUGUCUCUGCAAAAUCCAAAGCAUCAAAAGUUUCAGAAUUACCAAGAGAAGACCAUGAUGAUGAAGAAAGUGAAGUAAAAGCACCAAGUAUUACUAAAUCCAGUAUUUCAGUAAGAUCCAAUAAGUCAAAGCAUUCAGAAUUUGGUGCUGAAGAAGAGGUUCAGAACAUACAGAGACCUCCAAGUGCAAUUUCAGUAAUAUCUGAUGCUACACCUGAGGAAAAUGAAAACACAAAUGACAGUGAAAUUCAAGAAAGGGCUCCAAGUGUUUUGUCUUCAAAAUCAAGCAUUUCUGCAAAGUCAAAAAAGUCAAAGGCUUCUGCAACAGACGUCAAAGCUGAUGACAAAGAAAAUGGAGACAGAGUACCAAGUGCUAUGUCAGGGAGAUCUGAUAUUUCUACAAAAACCAGUGUCUCUGCAAAAUCCAAAGCAUCAAAAGUUUCAGAAUUACCAACAGAAGACCAUGAUGAUGAAGAAAGUGAAGUAAAAGCACCAAGUAUUACUAAAUCCAGUAUUUCAGUAAGAUCCAAUAAGUCAAAGCAUUCAGAACUUGGUGCUGAAGAAGAGGUUCAGAACAUACAGAGACCUCCAAGUGCAAUUUCAGUAAUAUCUGAUGGUACACCUGAGGAAAAUGAAAACACAAAUGACAGUGAAAUUCAAGAAAGGGCUCCAAGUGUUUUGUCUUCAAAAUCAAGCAUUUCUGCAAAGUCAAAAAAGUCAAAGGCUUUUGCAACAGACAUCAAAGCUGAUGACAAAGAAAAUGGAGACAGAGUACCAAGUGCUAUGUCAGGAAGAUCUGAUAUUUCUACAAAAACCAGUGUCUCUGCAAAAUCCAAAGCAUCAAAAGUUUCAGAAUUACAAAGAGAAGACCAUGAUGAUGAAGAAAGUGAAGUAAAAGCACCAAGUAUUACUAAAUCCAGUAUUUCAGUAAGAUCCAAUAAGUCAAAGCAUUCAGAACUUGGUGCUGAAGAAGAGGUUCAGAACAUACAGAGACCUCCAAGUGCAAUUUCAGUAAUAUCUGAUGCUACACCUGAGGAAAAUGAAAACACAAAUGACAGUGAAAUUCAAGAAAGGGCUCCAAGUGGUGUGUCUGCAAAAUCAUGUUCCUCUGUAAGAUCUAGGACAUCAAAAGUUUCUGAAAUAAUCAUAGAUGAACCAAAUAACCAAAAAGUGGAGAGGGCACCAAGUUCUAGAUCACUGAAAUCUGAUGCCUCUGGAAGAUCUGGUCCAGAUGACCCUGUCAAUGAAGAAAAGGAAGCAAGAACAGAAAGCGCAUUGUCCUCAAUUUCUGCAAGAUCAAAUAAGUCAGAAAAUUCUGAGAUAAUCAGCAGUGUGAAACAGAGAGCACCAAGUACAGCAUCAGUUACAUCUAAAACAUCUGCAAGAUCUAAAAGGUCAAAUAUUUCAGUAGUAGCUCCUAAAGAAAUUGGAAACACAGAUACUGGAGAUGGCCGAGCAUCAAGUGCAAUGUCUGCAAAAUCUUGUGUGUCUGAGAAAUCAAAAUGUUCAGAAAGAACAGCUGUGGAGGAUGAAGAAGUAAAUAAAGUGGUUGACAGAACAACCAGCUCUUUGUCUGUAAAGUCAAACCAAUCCAUAACAUCUGAUGCCACUGGUAAAUCAAGUAUUGUUCCUGCUAAAUCAAAUGCUUCUGCAAUUUCCCACCUCUCAGAAGUUGAAGAGCCUGACAGAAGAUCCACAAGUGUGGUAUCUAAUGCAUCUGCAGAAACUAAAACAUCAAAGGCAAACCAUUCACCAAGCAAAUUAUCAGUUAAAUCAAAUGUAUCUACAAGAUCGAAAAAGUCUAAAGUUUCUGAGGGUGAGGACCAUGCAUGCACAAACACUGAAGAUGUGGAAUUAAACAGAGAUGAGAGUCCGUUGUCAGAUCAAUCAAAAGUAUCUCAUAGAGAGAACUCAAAUGAAUGUAUUUGUGGUGCAAUAAACAAGCCAUCAAGUCCAGUGGCAUCAUCUGAAAAAGACUUCGACCUUGAAGAGGUACCUGCAAGUCCUCUGUCUAAAAAGUCAGCAAAGUCCAAAAUCAGUUCUGUUGGUUCCACCUCUGAAAGAGCUUUAACACCAACAAGCACUUCAGUUUCUAUUGGGAUUGUUGAAGACCAUGAGGCUGAUGAUGUUGAGGAAAUAGAUGGAGGUGCUGUUUCAGUGAACUCAAGAACUUCAUCAAAGACUGAAAUAUGUGGUAAAUCUGAUCAGUGUUUAUCAGAAUCUCCAGUACAAAUCACAAAUGAAGCAACACCAACACCAGAGGAAAGACCUAUAAGUUCUUCAUCAGCUAAGUCAGAUGUCUCUGGUAAAUCGAAGUCCAAGAGCUCUCAUUGCGGCUCUGCAUGUCCUAUAGACACAAUCCAAGACAGAGAUGAUGUAGCAAGCAAUAAGUAUUUAACUGACAGCCACCCUUCAGCCAACAGUUCAAUGAAGCAGAGCUCUCAAACCCAGGAGAUUCGUCCAUCUAGCAAUGUUUCCAGUUGGUCUGUACACACUGAAAUCACAGGUCAAGAGAAAGCUGAAAGUCCAGAUGUUACCCAUAAACCUCAAAGUGUCUGUUCAAAAUUCAGUUCUACAAAACAGAAAGAAAAAACUUCACCUGCUUCAAGUGCCUCAGCAAUCUCAGACUCUGGGAAAUCCAAAACUAAAGAAGAAAAUACUGCAGGAGUGACUAACAGACCAAAGAGUAAUAAAUCUAGGUCAUCAUCUCAUUUGAAAGUAAAUGUUCAAAAGAAUGAUGUUGAAGCUGGAGUUAAUGAAAGAAGCAAUAAAUUAAACACCAGAAAGUCAACACAGAAAGUUGAGGACAAUGCACCCAGGUGUCAUUCAGCGCCUUUGUCUUUUACCUCAGGAAAUCAGCUAAGUCCUUGCCCACCAAAAUCUCCCAAAAAAUCCAAAAAACCUGUUAUUCUACUUGGAAGCUCUAAUGAUAGCGUGUUAUCGCAGAUUGUUCCUGCUCCAGAACCAAGAGAAGAAUAUACUGACCAUUUGAAAGCAGCAGCAGAAAAACCUCAGUCUUGUAGAUCUGAAACAAAUGUCAGUGAAGUUAAGAGUGAAAAAAGUAGCAAAUGUAGAAAACGAAUCGGAAGCAACACUUCUUGCAACAAGAUGGAUGAUGACAUGUCUGAUCUGAGUCCUUCUUGUUUGCCAAAUGCUUCUCCAACUGAGGUUGUGAAUGAAUGGCUGAGGAAAAUCCCAUCAGACACCACCUUGUGUGAUUUGGUUGAUGAAUUCCAUGACAAUUAUGAUUUGAUAGAGCCACUUUGCACAUCACAUGUGCCAUCAGGAGAUGAUAAUGAGCAUGAAAGUUUGCAGCCAAGUGAUGUUACCAAGCUUGAAACACAAAAUGAGAUGGAAGAUGCUCAUGUGGUGAAUACAGAAGGUUCUACUGAAAAAAAAACUCCUGAAGUUGCUCAAGGUGAUCGCUCUCAGAGAGGGGAUGGACCAAAGAUGUUUGAUUCUUCAGUUCUGGUGAUGAAAGUCUUGCUGAGCCCCAAACUCGACCGAUGCAAUAGCCUUCCAGAGGUAUCUCCUGUGUAUGGACGUAAGCUCAGUGCAUCAGCGCAAGGUCUUCUGGAUUGUCUGGCAAAUCUUCAGUUGUUAGACUUUGGUCCUAGUGAUGAAGAUGGUAAAAAAGAAAAAUACCAGGAGCUAAUGAGUAUGCUUAAGUCUCUUUGGCUUUGUGACCCAAAAGAAAGUGAGAAGACAUCUGAAGAAAGAAACAAGUGUCUGGACGAGGAAUUCAAAGCCAGGUCAUCCUCAGGGGUGGAUGUGAACAGUGGCUCAACAGGUUCAGUGAAAAGUAAUGUCAAUGAUGGCACCCAAGCCCAAAUCAACACAGAAUGUGAAGUCCUGGAUACCCUGACAAAGAUACAGGAAGUUGAUGAAACAGUGGAAGGGGAAGCUUCAGAAACACCACAAUCAAAAUAUGAUUCAGCCACUCCAGAAAUUGCAAACCGAGCUCAGUUAACCCCAGAGACAAAGGACACAGUUGAAGGGAAGCUAAAAGAUGAUGUCCCAGGCUCUGAAGAGACAAUCAGGAGUAAUGAUAGUCCAAGGGAACUCAUUGAAACACCUCUUUCCUCAAACAAGAGUUCUGAGAAUAAUCCCAAAAAAGAGGAAACUGAAUCAGACCGUCAAGAGGACACAAGUUCAGGCAGUGCUCCAAAACAACCAAGAGGUCAAUUAUCAAAAAAACUUUCUCAAGACCCUGAUCCUGUAUGGGUUCUGAAUUUAUUGAACAAAUUAGAAAAGCAAUUUAUGACACAUUAUGUGAACGCAAUGGCUGAGUUCAAAGUCCGUUGGGAUCUGGAUGACAACGAGCAACUUGAUGCCAUGAUAUGCGAACUGCAACAUGAAGUCCGCAAACGAAUACAAUCGAGUAUAGACAGGGAGCUAAGGAAAAUCCAAGGCAGAGCUGGAAGACCAAGACCACCAAAAGAGACAAUGUCACGUGAAUCUACCAUUCAAACAGAGCAAAGGCGGAGACGUCUGAAAGUGAUGCGCAACCAAUCAGUUGAUCCGCAACCUGCUAAAAGUGAUGAUGAUUACACAAUGACAGGAACCGAUUUUAGCGAUCAACGUAGCGAUGAUGAAUAUUGUCCUUGUGACACAUGCUUGAAAAAGAAAAUGACAUCCAAGCAUGUGUUACCUGCAGAAAUGCUGAAUUCUGCCCCUGUAAUGAUGGACUUUGAUUUAAGAAGAAUUCUCCAGAUGAAGAAAUCACCUCCAACCGAUGAAAAGAUUGAGGAGACUGCCAAUAAACAAGAUGGUAGGAUGGAAGGAGACGAUGCAGGGCUCGAAGCUGUCUUAGAGGAGAAUGAGAAAGAGGGGGCAGAUAAGGAAAUUCUUGCUUUCUGUGCUCAAGAAAUUGAAUAUGAAAAACAAGAAAGUGAGGACGGUGAAGAGGAAGACAGUGCUUCCAGCUCUUAUGUAGAAGAUAGUUCUGAGAAACAAUCAAAUAUACCCAGACAAUUAGAAAAAGAUGUGGAUAAAGUUGGGGAAAUUGCUGAAAUGACUACGACACAAGAUGAGGAGCAAGAAGACAAUAUUGAGAGUGAUUCUGAUUCAGUGGCUGUCAAAGAAAGCGCAAGCAGCUAUAAGAUGAAUAAAUUAGAUGUUGCAAAUGAUGACAUUAGUGAAUUAGAUGACCUAAUGCAAACUGAAGCAAAGGAGGAAGCAUCUGAAGAACACACUGAGGAAGAAUCAGAAGAGCAGGACAAGACAGCUGAUGAUGAAACUGCAGAAGAAGGGCAGACUGCAAAAACAGAAUAUGUUGUAGAAGGUGAGACCAAAGACACUUUAGAGGAUGGGCAAAUUGCUGAAGCAGUAGCUGCUGGAGAAGAAGGUGAGACAGCUGAGGGUGAGACAGCAGAAGUUGGACAAGUAGCUGAAGCUAAAACUUUAAGAGAUGGUGAGACAGCAGAGGUUGAAACUGCAGAAGAGGGUGAAACAGUUGAAGAUGAAGCUUCAGAAGAUGGACGAACUGCAGAAGCAAAAAUCACUGCAGAAAAUCGACAAACUUCUGAAGAUGAAACUGCAGAAGAAGGUGAGAGCGUUAAUGACGAGAUUGGAGAAGAGCAUGCAAUAACUGAAAAUGAAACUGCAGAAGAUGGACAAACAGCUGAAGAUGAAACUGAAGAAGAAGGUGAAAGCGUUAAUGACGAUUUUGGAGAAGAGAAUGCGACAAUUGAUAAUGAAACUGCAGAAGGUGGACAAACAGCUGAAGAUGAAACUGGAGACGAAGGUGAGACAGUUAAUGAAGACACUGCAGAAGAGCAUGAAAUGGCUAAAAGUCAAACUGCAGAAGAUGGACAAACAGCUGAAGAUGAAACUGGAGAAAGUGAGACAGUUAAUGAAGACACUGCAGAAGAGCAUGAAAAGGCUAAAAGUAAAACUGCAGAAGGUGAACAAACAGCUGAAGAUGAAACUGAAGAAGAAGGUGAGAGCGUUAAUGACAAUUUUGGAGAAGAGAAUGCGACAACUGAAAAUGAAACGGCAGAAGGUGGACAAACAGCUGAAGAUGAAACUGGAGACGAAGGUGAGACAGUUAAUGAAGACACUGCAGAAGAGCAUGAAAUGGCUAAAAGUGAAACAGCAGAAGAUGGACAAACAGCUGAAGAUGAAACUGGAGACGAAGGUGAGACAGUUAAUGAAGACACUGCAGAAGAGCAUGAAAUGGCUAAAAGUGAAACAGCAGAAGAUGGACAAACAGCUGAAGAUGAAACUGGAGAAAGUGAGACAGUUAAUGAAGACACUGCAGAAGAGCAUGAAAAGGCUAAAAGUAAAACUGCAGAAGGUGAACAAACAGCUGAAGAUGAAACUGAAGAAGAAGGUGAGAGCGUUAAUGACAAUUUUGGAGAAGAGAAUGCGACAACUGAAAAUGAAACGGCAGAAGGUGGACAAACAGCUGAAGAUGAAACUGGAGACGAAGGUGAGACAGUUAAUGAAGACACUGCAGAAGAGCAUGAAAUGGCUAAAAGUAAAACUGCAGAAGAUGGACAAACAGCUGAAGAUGAAACUGGAGAAGAAGGUGAGACAGUUAAUGAAGACACUGAAGAAGGGCAUGAGACAACUGGAAGUGAAACUGCAGAAGGUGGACAAACAGCUGAAGAUGAAACUGCAGAAGAUGGAGAAACUGAUGAAGAUAAAUCUGCAGAAGAAGGUGAGACAACUGAAGAUAGAACUUCAGAAGAUGGAAGAACUGCUGAAGCAGAAACUAUUGGAGAGGAUGAAAUAACUGAGGAUGAAACUGGAGGGGAGGGCGAGACAUCAGCUAAAAAUGAAUCUGUAGAAGAAGAAGAGACUGCUGAAACUGAAGCUGUGGAAGACAGCAAUAUAGAGGGUGAGACAGCUGUUGACAACACUGUAGAAGAACAUGAGAUGGCUGAGAAUGAAUCUGUAGAAGAUGGGCAAGAUGAAACUGUAAGAGAAAGUGAUACAGAAGAUGGGGACACUGCAAAAGAGAGUGAGAUAGCUGAAGAUGAAAAGGCAGAAAAUGCCCAAUCUUCUGAAGUUGAAGCUGCAGAAGAUGAGCAGAAUGCAGAAGCUGAUUCAGGCGAGAGAGAUACAAGUGAUAAUGGAGCUGUAGAUGAUGAGCGAACUGCUGAAGAGAGUGAGACAGCUGAAGAUGAAACAGAAGCAGAGAAAGAUACUGCGGAGGGGACAUCAGUUGAAAGAGUAACUGAUGUACAAAGAACCAAUGAAGAUGAAGACAACACAGAUGAUUCAGGAACUGCAGAAGGCAUGUCAGCUGAGGAAAAAGAGACUUCUGAAGCAGAAACAGCAGAUGAAGGGACCACUGAAGCUGAGGUGUCUGAAGAGAAAGCUGCUGUCGAAGAUAGCAAUGUGGCAGAAGACAAAAAUGCAGUGGUAGAGCUCUCAGAGCAAACUUCCGAGACAGCUGGAGAUGAGACAGACAAGAGUCAUUCAAACAAUGAUGAAGACAAGGAAACUGUCAGUUGUGAAGCAGCAGAGAACGAAGAUGUUCUUUCUAACACUGAAGACACUGAGAGUCAUGAUGUUUUGACUAAUGUUGAGGUAAUUGAAGAUGAAACACCACUUAAGAACAAUGGUGACAUUGUUCUAGAUAGUGUUGAUGACAAAGGUGAAGAAAGUGGAAAAGAAGAUGAUGAUGUGGAGAUCAUGGCAAAUAAACCUGGUCAUGUAGCAAACACUGGUGAAUCAGCUGAAGCUGGUGAUGAAGCUGAGGAUGACACAGAGCCAGAUAUGGAGACAGAUGAAGGGGAGCAUAAUAGGAAUACUCUUGCUUUACAGCCUCUUUCACAGCCAAAACCAAAAGAUGACAAACCAGAUGGGACGGCUUCAUUUAACGUUUUGGUAAAGCACAACUCAGAGUCUGAAGAUGGUGCCGAUGCUGAUGUAGAAGACUCAGAAACAGAAGUCAUAGAUUUGAGUUCUGAGUCAGAAAACAAGCCACAGAGAAAAACUGCUCUUAAAACCUUAAAGACACUCAUUUACACUCUGAAAUUCCUCUCAGCUGCUGGACAAUCAAAACGCAAGGAAGAAGAUAAUGAACAUGUGGUUGAAGCUGAAGAGACUCCAGAGGACAGGAGUGAUGAUGCAGAAGAGAGUUCCUGUGUGGAGAAAGACGAGGUUGAAGAGAAUCAAAAGGAGAAGAGUAAACUCUCAGAUAUUACAGAGGACACAGCAGAAGAUGAGACAAAUGAGACUAAUGAUUAUUCAGAGGACCAUGAAUGGGAAUCAUCUGAACAUUCCUUGCAAAAGCAAAUAACAAAGUCAUCCCUAGAAUCUCAGCCAGGCUCUUUUGAUGAAGUUCUUGAGGAACAGGCAAAAAAUCAGAAAGGUUUAAAUCAUCUGAAAGCCAACAGGUAGAAUUCCUCUUCAAGAUUAAAGAAAAGAACCAGAGAUGCUCUUCAGCAUGUGAAAAUGGUUCCAGAGGGGUUAUUUCUCCAUUAUCUAUAGACUUUAUAAUAAUUAUCCUAUAUAUACACCUAAUCUGAGUUUAAAAUAGCCCCUGGGAUUUUAUCUACCAAAGAGUAACAUAUAAUGCACUUUACUUCUUAUUCAAUUAUUAUGAUUCCAAUAUAUAUAUGCAAAUUAUAUAUAUGCAAAAACACAGUGUUGCAGCUCAGGUACUAUAAAAAGGGAAUUGCUUAUAAUUGAACCGCACAUUAGAUGGAAGUCGAAGUUUGUUUCGAAUUUUAGUAUAUUUAUGUCAAAACAACAUUUAAUUGCAGUUAUUUAUAAACUUUACUCAGUUGUAAGCCUUAGCCAAGUGAGGGACUGUUGACAAACUUAAUACUGUAUCAUAGUUACUGUACAUGUGUGUGCUGCUGUACAAACAUCCCUUUACUGAAAUACAGUGUAAAUUGAAAAUCACGUAUCAUAAUAACAUGUAAAGGAAAUCAGGGGGCCUAAACUGUGUGUAUGAGUGCAUGGGAAUGAAUGUGUAUUGCACUAAUUUGAAUCUGAAAAACAUUUUUAUCCCUGCUAAAACACAUAAGAGAUGUCCAAUCCAUCUGACUUAUAAUAUGCACAUUAAUGCUUGCUUUUAAAGUGCGUGCACUAAAUGCAGAUGUACAGGAUUGACAUCACCAAUAUACAGCAUAUUGUGUAUUAUAAGGAUUGAGUUGCACACAUUAAGCCAUGCCUUAGAUGUUUUGCCACAUCACAUAAAGGACUGUACAGCUAAUAGACUAUAUGUCUAAGUUUUGUUCACACAAAACUGUAAUGUAAAGUGAUACAGAUGCAAACAUCGUUGCUGGCCAAAUGGUCAAUGGUUCACUUAAAUAUAAUAAAUUCCUUGUUACUUGAAUGUACUAAU